CCUCCAUAUCUGAUUGGAAAUGUGGCAAGGUCGCUGGUAUAGAAUAUUUAGUUGAUUUUUCAACUCAUUCAAUAUAAAUAUCUACUAACUAUUGUUAAAAAAUAUUUGGAUCCAAUCCUGACGUGAUGCAUUAGGAAAUUAAAUAACGGUAAAGUGCUACAGGCGCAGCAAACUUUUUUCGAACUUUCCAAACUGCGCCUAUAUAAAUUACUAAGCUAACUCUAAGAAUUUAAACUGAAUGCUAUUCUUCUAUAUUAAUAAAAAUGUCGUCGUAUGAGUGUGAGAGAAGGGUUGCUACAGAGAAACAUCAAAUCGGCGCACCUGACCGUAGCGUAAAGGUUAUCAGUCAUGUUGGUCAUGCUGUUAAUUUAGCAAUUGAGAGGUUCGUGACAAUAGGAGAAAUAAUUGCCGAGGACAAUCUCGAUAUCAAAUCAGAUAUUUUGGAGUGUUGCAGAAAUGCAAGAGAUGCAGGAAAAUCAAUAGAACGCUUAUGUGAUAUUUCUGCCAUGGAUAACAUGAAUUACUCAACUUUAGAUAUACCUGCAUACGAUGAAAAUGCAAUAAUAAUAGCAGCUAAAGCUCUCAUAUCUGCUGUAACUAGAAUUUUGCUUUUAGUUGAUAUUGUUGUUGUUAAACAGCUCCUCACUGCUAAGAGGAAAAUUGUUAAAAGUUUACGAAAACUUGAAUCCGUUGUGAAUUUUACCGAAUUUGUUCGAGCUUACUCACUUUUCGGCAUUGAAAUGAUAGAGCUUGCAUAUCUAAUACGAAAUCAACAGAAUAAUAUCAAAGAAGAACGGCGCCGAGCGCAAAUGUUCUCAGCCAAGCAAAUAUUGGAACACUCUAUCUCUAUAUUAUUAUCAUCGUCCAAAGCGACGCUUCUACAUUAUGAUUGUAUGAUCGCUAAAGAAAAUCGAGAUACAGUAUUUUGUCAAAUUAGACGCGCUAUGGAUUUAAUACAUUUUGUUGUGAAAGAUUGCAUAUUCGAAUCGGCAUUCUUACCAUAUAACGAGCAUGGCGGCGGCCCUAAAAAUAUUAGCGGCGAAACUGUGCAAUCAUCAUCGAACUAUUUAACAUUUUUGUUGGAGAAAUUUCGUUCGAAACCAUUGGACGAUGUCAAAUCUACUAUGUAUAUAGGAAAUAAUAAUUAUUCAAAAAUCGCCACCUCAACUACGUUAAGCGAAAAGAAAUGGAACAAUGAAUAUAGUAAACGUCGAAACUCGUUUGGUAGUGAAGAUGAAAAUCUUCUAAUAGGAAAUAAUUAUAAGCAAUGUGGUACAAAAAUUUCACCAUUUUCGGAUCGAGACUUGAUGACACCAUUCAAUAUUGAAUUAAUCGAAGAACUGAUAUAUGCUUUUGAAAAAUUAUUAGAGAAAACACAUGACUUUACUGAUUCUGCUUAUACAAGUCAUGAAAAUAGAGAACAUAUUUUAUUCCUUGGUGAUCGAUGUAAACUAGAGCUUAAAAAAUGUUUAAAUAUUUUAUAUAAGACCGAACGCAAUACAAGACAUAUAAUGGACGAAGAAAUCGAUAGAGUUAUAAGUACAUCAAAAAAUCUAACACAACAGCUAAUACUCUCCGUUGCCGAUCAGACAUCUGAUCUAUAUCAUUCGCUGAAAACCUCAGUGGAAUUAGUAAAUAAUUUUCAUUUAUUAGCUAUGAACGAGGAUCCGACAUCCUUUCAGGAGUGGUCAAAUAAAUUUCAUGACUGUUGUGAUCAUAUUAUCGAUGUAUGCAAAUUAUUACAACACAUCGCUUUUACAGAGAGCUUACAAGUACAAUCGAAAUGCUUAGCCAUUAAUUUACGGAUAUAUGGUCCACAAGUUAUACUAGCAGCUAAGAUAUUGUCGAGAUAUCCUUCAAGUGUUCCUGCGAAUGAAAAUAUGGAUGCCUUCGCAGAAAUGUGGAAAUGGUUGAUAUCGGAAAUAACAAAUGUAGCACAACAAAUUUUGGACACCACAGGCGAACAAUGCGACAAUAAGUAUAAAUAUAAACCCACUGCAGCCCGACCAUUGUCCGUUGGUCAGGAGGAGCCAGGUAAGGUGGCGCCUUCAACUACGGAGACAAAAGAAAUACCUUCGGAAAUUGCCCCAUUCAAUGAGAAAUGGAAUGAUGAAGUAAACGAUAAUAAUGACAUAAUAAAACGUGCUAAAAAUAUGUCAGCAAUGGCAUUCGCAAUGUAUCAGUUUACGAAAGGCAAUGGCACUUUAAGAACUACCCAGGAUCUUUUUACACAAGCCGAAUAUUUUGCUGAAGAAGCAAAUCGUUUGUAUAAAGUUUUGCGACAAUUUUCAUAUCAGGUUCCGGCAAGCCAAAAUAAAAAGGAUCUAUUGAAUAUUCUAGAUAGAGUUCCAACUUUUGUUCAAACUCUUCAAUUCACUGUUAAGGAUCACACUGUUGGAAAGGAUGCAACCUUUGUAAAAGUGGAUCACGUUAUACGAGAAACUAAAAAUCUUAUGAGUGUAAUUAACAAGGUUGUAACAAAAUGUUUUGAAUGUGCGACUAAGUACAAAUUGGACCUAAGCGGUCUCUCUGGUGGCUUGUCGUCUUCGGGUGCUUUAGGUGGAGACGAUAACAACUCUGGUGGUAUGGGAGAUUCCAAAGGCACAACAAGCAGCUCGGAAGGGAGCAUGUGACAUUACGGGAUGGCUCGAAGAGCCAAAGGUGAUGCGCGCAGAACACGAGUAUCCUUUUUAUUAUUUUGAGUGAGAUAUAAAAUUUAUUUCCUAACUUAGUAAGGAAAUACAAACAUAUAAAAACAAAAAUCAAUUUAAAAUUGUAAAUUGACGAUACUAUGUAAUGUACUAUUUUGAGGUUGAUAGAUGUUGUUUUCCCCCUUUUUAUGCAUGUAACUUUUGCUUAAACUUACAAAUCAAAUCUUUUUGUUUCUAAAUAUAAAUUAAUAAAUACGCUAAAUCGAUUGUGUGAAACUGAGAAAAUAAGAAAAUAAAGAGAAAAUAAGUUUACUGAAUCUAUUA